AUUUACUAGAACAAGAUGCUAAAACACCGUAUUUUGAAAAAGAAAAACAAACUAAAAAGAAGCCUAACAUCCAAACAUGGCCUUGAGGUGUGACCGUGUGAAUUUGUCUUUCCACCUGGAACUGGAAGCCGCCAUAUCUAUCUACCACCAAACUGCCGACGUUUACUCUGCCAACGCCGUGCUCGUCCUAAAGUCCACUCCCUCCUUCAGAAUUCCGCCAUUGCUCGAACUCACUCAGUCGCUCGCAUUCCAAUGGCUCUCAAUUCCCACUUCCUCCUACCCAACAGAUUCCGCUCUUCCUUCCCUCCAAUUCGCGGCGUCGCCGGAGUCCCGCCAAUUUCUCGUUCAAUCAGUCCCCAGACGACACCGUUUCCACUCCGAUUCUGCGCUCACGCGGCGCAAUCCUCCGGCUUCCCCUCCGUUUCAGCUCUCUCCUCCACCGCCACUCCCGAGACCAGCAGCUUCACUUGGGAUGACGCCGUCCGAGCCUCUCAACCUGAAUACGCCCCCGGGGAUUCCUCCGAUCUCUCUGGAUUCUUCGAGAAGAUCAAGUUCUGCAAUCGCGGCUCUGAAAUGCGGUUCGAAUUCGUUUCGUUCGUGAUCGAGGAGAACACAGUCGGCUACAUUCAUAACCGUUUUGUUGAACAUUUGAAGCGGUUCGAGGAAGUGUUCGUGAUCAAGGACAGCAGCUCCCAUGGAGCCCGAUUUGGGUAUUGCGUUACUUUACAUGACAAGCUAGGCACGCCGGAAGAAAGGACUGCAGCUGUUGGGGAAGUCAUCAAAUGCUUGGUAGAAGAACAAGAAGACCUAAUUCCAGGUAUAAGAAAUGAGCUUUACCCGGUUACUUCAUCGUUCGGUGGGCGGGUCUACUUCUCGUUGGAGCGUGCUGCAGCUCCGUAUUUCGGGAUAAAGGCAUAUGGCAUUCAUAUGAAUGGCUUUGUGGAGAGUGGUGAUGAAAAAUUGUUGUGGGUGGCAAAGAGAAGUCUAGUGAAACCUACUUAUCCUGGGAUGCUGGAUCAUCUUGUUGCCGGAGGACUGGUUUGUGAUUAUCUAUUUCGCAGUGCCUCUCUAUUAAUCCACUCUUUGGAUCAGUCUAAGUCUUACUAUCCCCACUAUGUUGCUGAGUCAGUGCAUAAGUUUUCAUGGUGGCAAUUUCAGCCUCAUGGAAUAUCUUGUCAAGAAAAUGUCGUGAAGGAAUGUGAAGAAGAAGCAGGAAUACCUCAAUCCAUUUCUGUCAAGGCUCUGCCAGUUGGUGCCGUUUCUUAUGUGGAUAUUGAUGGCGAUAGGUUCAAGAGAGAUGUUCUAUUUUGCUACGAUUUAAAGCUUCCUGAAAGUUUUGUACCAAAAAAUCAAGAUGGAGAAGUUGAGGGUUUCAACUUGAUGCCCGUGGGAAGUGUUGCAAAUAUAGUAAGGAGGACUCAUUUUUACAAACCAAACUGCUCCCUAGUCGUCAUUGAUUUCCUAUUCCGACAUGGGUACAUUUACCCUGAAAGCCUGGGAUACUUGGACCUGUUGCAGAGCUUGAGGAGCGGUAAUUGCUCGUAGAGUAAGUCUAGUUUGUGUUCUCAACAAAUGUUUUUAUCCAUUCUACCGCGCAUGGGUCUUCUUGAAUUUGAGUUUGUACUCAUACUCAUACACAAGUCUAUGAAUCUAUAGUUCCAGGCAGCAGGACUCUUCAUUUUCGGGUUUUUUUUUUAUUCAGACGGGCCUAUAGUUGGCAGCGAAAAUAAAGGAGAAACAUGUUCUCUAAUUGCACUUAUAUAUUAGACACCAUAAACUUAAUCACUUG